AUGACUGUCCCGUCGUUUGAAACCAUCUUCGCGGUGCCUAUGACCUGCCAGUCGUGCAUCAACGACAUCGAAGGCUCCCUCCAGCAAUUGGGUGGUGUCAACAAAAUCACUGCCAACCUUAAAGAUCAACUGGUAUCUGUCGAGGGCACAGCAGCGCCAUCGGCCAUUGUUGAAGCUAUUCAAGCAACUGGCCGCGAUGCAAUUCUAAGAGGAUCUGGAAGAUCAGACAGCGCCGCAGUAUGCAUCUUAGAAUCGCACGCACCUAAUGUAGAGAACAAAGUUCGAGGAUUAGUGCGCAUGGUUGAAGUAGCUCCGAGUAUGACUAUCAUCGAUCUGAGCAUAAGGGGAUUGUCGCCUGGAACGUACCAGGCCACAGUUCGCGAAUCUGGCGACAUAUCCGACGGACCAGAAUCUACCGGCGCCAUCUGGGAGUAUCUCAAGGCCAAAAAGGAAGACAAGCCGUGUCGGGGCAUCUUUGGAACCGUCCAGGUAGGAAAGGGUGGAGUCGGAUCUGUGUUCCUGGACAAGCCCAUCCACAUCUGGGAGAUGAUCGGACGUAGCAUCGUGGUUGCGCGAGAGCAAGACGGCAAGUUUGACAAGAACGAUCCGGAUACGCUAGUGGGUGUCAUCGCACGUAGCGCUGGUGUUUGGGACAACGACAAGACGGAAAUCGAAACCUGGGUGGCAGCCCUCGCCAGCUACGACAACAAUGAGUUCGACGUCGCAUUGAAGGUCUUUGACACAAUCUCCGAUACGUCCAAGAUUCUGUUCAACUGCGGCGUAAUCCAUGCCACACUUGGCGAGCAUGAGAAGGCGGUCGACUGCUACCAGCGCGCUGUGCGUCUGGACCAGUACCUCGCAGUGGCAUACUUCCAGCAGGGUGUGUCAAACUUCCUUAUGGGCGACUUCGAGGAAGCCCUCGCCAACUUCAACGACACACUCCUCUACCUACGCGGAAACAACAACAUCGAUUACGAACAAUUGGGUCUCAAGUUCAAGCUAUACUCCUGCGAGGUACUGUUCAAUCGCGGUCUUUGCUACAUCUACCUCCAGCAAAGAGACGCCGGUCUACAGGAUCUGUCUUUCGCAGCCAAGGAGAAAGUGGUGCCCGACCAUGAUGUGAUCGACGAGGCUAUUCGGGAGGAAGCAGAAGGCUACACUGUCUUCUCCAUUCCCGUCGGCAUUGUCUACCGUCCCAACGAAGCCAAGGUCAAGAACCUGAAGACAAAGGACUAUCUUGGAAAAGCCCGCCUGGUCGCUGCUUCAGACCGGGCCAAUGCCUUUACUGGCUUCGCUGGCGCCGAAAUCAAGAAGGGAGGCCAGGCCGCAAAAGAUGACAGAACUGAGGAUAAGAUCUCGUACGCGGCGACCAACCUUGUCAAGCCAGAACUUCAGAGCAGAGCACGCCAGCAGUCAGAACCACCAAUGAACCGUAACAUGUUCCCACCCACACCGCCACCGGAGGCAGACAGAAGGUCUGGUGACAGGAGAUCUGGUGGAGAGCGGAGACCUGCCGCCGAUGCUCCCAUGAGCCGCGCGCAAUCCGUACGAGGCGGUGGCCCUAAGCCUCAGCCUCUGAACCUUGGACGAGCUGCCUUUGAUCAGCAAAGCAACAACGAGCCGCCUCGUCGCCAGCCAACACAGCGCUCCGCCUCUGAACGUCCACCACCAAGUCGUUCAGAGUCAAUGCGAGACCGAGGGCAACGUGAUCAGCGGGAUCAGCGAGACCAGCGAGACCGUGACUACAGGCCACGUCGCCGUGGGUCUGACGAUGAUAUCAUUGACGACUACUACGACAAUGACCCCUACCCGCCUUCUCGUGGGAGCCGCGGGGCAUACGCUCGCUCAAAACAGAGCAGGCGACCGGCUUACAUUGAAGAAGAAGACGAAGACGACUACGAUGGUAGUGAUCUUGAUGAUGCCGAAUUCGAGAUGAUGUCUCGCACAAAAUCCAGGAGACGAUCCCCCGCCCGCUCCGCCAGAUCUGGUGGUAGCACCCGCGGUGCAGGCAGCAAAGUCAGAGUGAAGGUCCACUCUAGCGACACACGUUACGUCUUUAUCAGUUCCGAUCAGUUAAUCACUGAAUUCUGGCAACAGAUUCGGGAGAAGUUCGGUGUACGAAAUAAGUUCAAGGUGGAGUUCAAAGACGAUGGCGACAUGAUCACCAUGGCCGACCAGGACGAUCUUGACAUGGCCAUCCAGACGGCGAAGAGUGUUGCAAGGAAGGAAGGCAGCGAUAUGGCCAAGAUGGAGGUUUGGGUUAGAGAAGUAUAG